AUAAACAAAUCGAGAAAAGACAUUACCGGAAGCUGAAGACGAACCAACACAUCAAAUCUUCAUCUUCUACAAUCGUCUCCAUCUAUGGAUACAAUCGUACACUCUUUCUACAUAUACUACUACCAUCUGUAAUUUCAAAGCUUCAAAUUCAGAAUGAUCAUCAUAGUUGACACGAGCUUCUUGUUUCAAACCAGAUUUUAGAUGAUUGGGAGACUAACAUGAUGAUGAGUAGUAGCAGUAGCAGUAGCAGUAGUAGUUAUUCCGGAGUUAGAAAAACUAUUAGUGAGGUAUCAAAGGUGAAGAAAUUGAAAGGUGGUGAAAAAUGUGUUGUAAACCAAAAGGCGUUAAACAGAGAGAGGAUCAUUGCUCUGCAACAAGAUGUUGAAAAGCUAAGGAAGAAGCUUAGACUUGAAGAGAACAUUCACCAAGCAAUGGAAAGAGCCUUUAAUAGACCGCUUGGAACACUUCCUCGUCUUCCUCCAUUUCUCCCUCCACCGAUUUUGGAGCUACUUGCGGAAGUGGCUGUUCUUGAAGAAGAAAUUGUUCGGUUAGAAGAACAUAUUGUACAUUUUAAGCAGGGAUUGUAUGAAGAAGCAGCGUUUACAUCUUCGUCGAAAACAAACUUAGAAUGCUCGGCUGUUUUGCCUAAGUCCAAGUCAGCUUCCACUAAUGCUAGAGAACCUGUAUCACCUCUAUCGGGGGAACUGGUAUCUGUUUCAGAGUAUCCAAGGGGUAAAAAUAACAAGUUAAGUGCUAAUUCUACGAUCAUGCGGUUGAAGAAAAUACAUUUUAUGUUGAAAUAAGCUUGAAGAUAACUUAGUCAUCAAGAUAUUAGGAAAGGAAAUAUUCUUAGGAGUUAUCUAAGAAUAGGAAAUAUAUAAUUCUAUUAGGAUUAGGAGUUAUCUAAUCUACUCACUAUAUAAGAGUUGCCAAAGUUGUGGUAAACCUUAUGAGGUUGAGAGCUUUAGUUUUUAAGUUAGUUUUCUAAAGCAAUAAGGGUCCAACUGGUGACCACAAUUGAGGAAAGGAAUGAUUGGGAAUAUGGUAUUCUUCUUCAUUCCUAAUUUUUUUUAUCAGUUAGAUGGAAUAUCUGUUACACAUAAUUCCUUUUCAUUCCUUUUUAUAUGAGGAAUUAUAGAACAAAUGUAUUCCUCAUCAAAUUUGAUAGGGAAUAGAAAGAAAAUAGUAAAAAUUGGUAAAAAUAUAUUGUUUUGUAAAUAUUUUAAAGUAAAUUUAUAGAAAAUUGACAUUUGACGUGAAUCUUCCACACCUCGUCUUCUUCUACUUCUAUAUAUGUGAGAGAACUUUUUUUCUUUCUCUAACCUAAUACAUCGACAAAGAAAGAAGAAAAGGUACAUAAUUUUAAAAUAAGCUUAUAGCAAAGAGCAUGUGUUUAAUGAUGCUUGAAAAUAACACAUGUAUCAUAUGAAUUUGUUAUAGGUAUCAUGUCAAGUUCAAGAAACAAUAGUGGGACACGUCGCGGCGGACGUCAACCAAAUGAUGAGGCAAGAACAACUCGUGAAGGCCAGGUACUUGUUUUUAGAUAUCUUGUAUUCUGCAAAUUUAUUGAUUUAAUAAUAUGAAACAUAUCAAUUAACUGUUACAAAAUAUAUACGUUAGUAUGCUUGGAAGGAUAAAAAUUGUCAAGUUAUGCUUGAACUUGUCAUUGAGGAGUUAAAAGCAGAUGAUUAUCGUAGUAGAAUGCCAGAUGUUGCUGCUAGAAGAAGAAUUGAAAACAAAUAUUUUGAGUUGAUGGGAGACAAGAUUUCAUGGGAUCCAGAGAUAAAUAACAAAACUGGUUACUUGCGUAAGCUAUGGGUUAUUAAUGGUCAGUUGAUAAACCGCACUGGUGUUGCGGUUAAUCCAUCUACUGGACAAAUAGAUAUGACGAAAAUGUGGUGGACUGAUCGGAUUGCGGAAUAUGGUAAUAAAGGAAAAUUUGUUCGUGUAUUGCAAAAAAAGCCUAUGCCGUUCAAAGACUUGUUGGACCAAAUUUUUGGUGAACAUGACGUUGAUCAAGAUGAACGGUAUUCUCCCCAUAUGCUUAGCCAAAAUCUCCUGCAGAUUCAACCUACUUUACCCAGCAGUGAUGGCAUAAUAAUGGACCAGCAAGAAGUUCAAAUUUCUGAACCAACUAUGGCUGUGGCUAAUGAUCACGGAGCCCAACCGUCAAUUCGAAACACGCCAGCCCGUUGUCCUCCAAGAAGAAGAGCUAACUUUGAAAAGCAGGUCCAGAGUGAGUUUCAACGUGUAAUAGAUACUCGUCAAGAGUUUUUGGAAGAAUUACGCUCGCGAAAAGUUCAAAAGCUAACCUACGGUGAUGCAACAGCUGUUCUAGAAAAACUUCCAAUUGAACAACUUGGAAUAUUUUGGUGGGCAGCAAAUAAGUUAUUGAAGAGCGAUGAGGAUGUUCGUGAAGCCUUCAUGAAAUUAGAGAGUGAAGAAAUUAAGAUCAGAUAUCUGGAGAGUUUACUUGGGACUGAUAGAUACGGGCAUCCAUGCAAUUUUGUCAAUCUGACAAGUCCAAAUCUCUUUCAAAAUAUUGGAAUGAUUGGAAGUAGUUCUAUGGGGACUGAAAUUGGUAGAACUGAAUUCACAAAGUUGCUUGGGAUACAAUCCUCUGGAUUAGAAGAAUCAACAAAACAAGUACCAAAUAUCGUCAAUAUACUUGAUGAUGGAAUGGAUGGUGACAAGCUAGCUUGAGUGUUAUGGGAUUUUUUUAUUU